AUGAGGACCACGAUCCUCGUUACUGCUGCUGCAGCUGCCACUUCAGCCUCUGUGAUAGCCAGACCAAACAAGGCAGCUCGGGCCGCAGGUUGCUGUUUCCAUGCAACAGCAAGCGGAGGACCUGGUGGAAUGGUCGGACAGCUGGGCGAUGGACAGAACCGCAUCGGACAGUCUUCUCUUCCGACUGGACAGUAUUGCCUUGAUGACCAAGGAGGUCUCAUGGACGGAAAUGGCAAAGGAUGCAUCCUGACACCUCCAACCUCCCAAUGGCAGUGCGAUGCCGGAGCCCAGCCCACUCCGGGCUUCAGUGUUGGAUCCGAUGGCACCAUCUCGCACAAUUCAAGCAGCCAAUUCUUCACGUGUCCAACUGGUGAUAAUGGCGCAUGGAACUUGUACAAGGACACCCUCCCAGGCGAGCCGAAAUGUGAAGCCGCCACGCUUGUCGCCGAUAAUUGCAUGGCCAGCCCACCUGCAUCGUCAGCCAACUCUGCACCACCGCCGGCCGCAUCAUCAUCCGAGUGCCCAGCAAAUCUGCCCGAGUCUUAUGAGUUUCCACACUACAUCAAGCCAGUCUCCUCACUGCAGCCGAUGCAAUCGUAUGGCAAUUCGUUCAAUGGUUCAGCAGGCGCCGGCAUCUCGUCAAUCUUCAACUUCGAUAUCCCUGCCUCGUACGAAGGCCGUCUCUGCAACAUCAAGUUCUUGUUCCCGGAGCAACAACAGCUGCAGACGUCUGCAUACUCGUUUAGCAAGGGUGAUGGCUUCAAGUUUGCAACACUCGAAGGUCCUGCAACAGAGGACACCACAUUUGCCAAUGCUCCCAAAGAGACGACCGAUUGCGGCACAUUCGACAUGACCCCAGGGAACGCGUACGAUAUCGCGUCCAUGGAAUGCCCUGCAGGGGACAAACUCGCAGUGUCAAUGGAAGCCAUGGGGUCUUCCCACCUGGACUACUUUCAAGAGUAA